GAGUGCACCACGUGCGUGGGCGACCCGGCCGCCAAGGCCAGGGUGGGCCUGGCGGCGGGGGGGCUGUUUGUGCUGAGCGGGGCCCUGUGCUUGGGCACGGUGUGCUGGCCCACCCACACCAUCAUCAAGGACUUCUACGACCCCAUGGUGCCCGACGCCCAGAGGAGGGAGCUGGGGGCCUGCCUGUACGUGGGCUGGGGGGCGUCCGGGCUGCUCCUGGUGGGGGGGGUGCUGCUCUGCUGCCGCUGCCCCUGCGGGGGAGACCCCUACCACGGAGGGAGAUACGCCCCGCCCAGGUCCACCGUCCCAGGGAAGGAGUUUGUGUGAGCUCACACGUCUGGGGCUCAAGGUCACGGGCUACUGUGAAGUAACUUUCAUUUUAUUUUUUGCUUGGAAUAAUGUUUUGAUUUGUCGACGCACUUAAAACGUAAUAACUGUACAACCAUUGUAUUUUUAUA